AUGUCAUUACAACGAAACUGCUUUGGAUGUGAUGAGCAGCCUGGUCAUUUAAAAUUUAAAGAUUCAGCUUUAGUCACCAAAAUGUUUUCUGAAGUGACGGGUUUAAAAGUGGAUCAAAAUAUUGCUAGUUUAUGUAAAAGUUGCCAUCAAGAAUUGAAACAAUGUUUUACAUUUCGUAUGAGAUGUCAUGAGAUUGAUGAAUUAUAUCAACAUGAGGCAGCAGAGGCUACAGAAGAAAUUACUCUAAAAAACGAAGUAAAUAUUGAACAUGGGAGUGAAGAAUGGAUUGAUAAUGUAGACGAAAGUUUGCCUCAAGAAUAUCCUUCAAUUUUAUCACAGAAGGAUUUGACGAAAUCAAGUGACCAUUCCGAAUAUCUGGAAGAAUCAAUUUCAAGUGAAACAUUCGAAUGCAGUAUUUGUGGGAAAGUUUUCCAUAAGCGAAGAACUUACGAAUAUCAUUUAAAGUCUCAUGAAAAUCUUCGAAAUUUUAAAUGUCCUCGUGAUGAUUGUUCGUCAGCAUUUAACUGGUUGUCACGUUUAACAAGACAUUUACGUUGUGUUCAUAAUGCCGAAGAAAAUGAAAUUAAAACAGUUCAAAAUGCAAACCAAAUUGGAAAGAAAAAGGAAAAUUCUUUACAAACGUCUCGUGUCCAAUGUGGAAUUUGUGAAAAAACUUUAUCAAGUGUGAAAUAUUUAAAGAGUCAUAUGAUGCUUCAACACUUGAACAACGCUCCAUAUUCUUGCGAAGUUUGCCAGAAGAAAUUUAUCGAUUGGAGUCUGUUGGAAAAACACCAAAAAAUUCAUGAAGGACUUUUCGAUUUCACUUGUAAAUAUUGUGAUAAAAGAUUUGUCCUAAGGAAAGUUUACAAUCAACAUCUCCGUAAAGUUCAUAAAGCGACGAAAGAAGAAAUCGCAGUAAUGAAAAAUUCAGAUUUAACUUGCAUUGAAUGCAAUAAAGUUUUCAAAACAUCGCACAGUAUGAAAGAACAUAAAGCUUGGGAACAUGGCACUGUUGAUAAGUUUAUUUGUGAUAUUUGUGGGAAAUCUUUCAUGUCACGAAUCAAAUUAACUUCACAUCAAAAAUAUCAUCAAGAAGAGAAAAUGAAACUAUGCAAAAUUUGUCCAUCAACAUUCACUGAAGAGAAGGGUUUGAAAACUCACCUUCGUCGUGUUCAUAAGAUUAAUGAAAUAAAUCUUUUUGAAAUGUUCCUAAACGAUGACAAAAAAUGAUGAAUAAAAUUCUGAAAGUUUUCUUUUAAGAUUAAAUGAAA